AUGGAGAGGGUUAGAGAGUUGUCAUCGAAGAAGGCGGCGGUGAUCUUCACAAAGAGCUCCUGCUGCAUGUGCCACAGCAUCAAGCAGCUGUUCUACGAGCUGGGUGCCAGCCCCGCGAUCCACGAGCUGGAUCGCGAGGCCCACGGGAGGGAGCUGGAGUGGGCCCUCCGGAGCCUCAUCGGCUGCCCGACCGUCGUCCCCGCCGUGUUCAUCGGCGGGAGGUACGUCGGCUCCGCCAAGGAGAUCUUGUCCCUCCACCUCGAUGGCUCACUCAAGCAGUUGCUCAUUGACGCAAAUGCCAUCUGGUUCUAG